GGCACAUAACCUUAAAGUGCGAGCGGCACGAAGAAACAACCACUCGAAGCCGCGUUACCGUCCUGGAAUUAUCAUUCGUGAGAACGAUCGGGAACGAGUUCGUGCGCUCUCGUUCGAAUUGCGUGUCGGAUUUCUACGCAGUGGGUGAUCGGUGAGGGUGGAAUGAGCUGGGUGACCACAGGACAAUGAAGGCCAAUGGGACAAACAAUGGCUGUAGCCGCCUAAAUACGCCAUUGGCAGCCACCACCACGCUGGAGGAUCCCGGUACACCAGCCUCCUGGAAGGGCCCGCCGCCCGGUUCGGAGGCAUCGCCUUUUACGCCCAAUUCUGUCGGCCAGGGUGGUGGUCCUGGCUCGGGUCCAUACAACAGUACAGGCGGUCCACCCAGUAAUGCGGGCUUUCAAGGACCGAGUUCGUUUCCCGGCAGCGCCGGUAGUCCAGCUGGGGCACCGCCAUACCAGGGCCCGCCGCCUGGUUCGGCGACGCCACAGUACACCGCCUCCCCCGCGCCGAGCGGUUCCUCGACGCCUGGUCCUGGACCACCACCUAAUUCCACCGGUUUUCCACCACCUCCGAAUAAUUCCGGUCCACCGUACAACGGGCCCGGGCCCAGUCCGUUUGGGUCACCCUCCGGUGCGCCACCGCAAUUCGUUGGCCGACCCGGCUCCUCGGGACCACCGUUUGUACCACCUGGUGCCGGUAAUCCACAUUUCCCCUCGCAUGGCCAGCCGUUCGGUGGACCACAGUACGGUAUACCACCUGGAAGCCCUUUUGGACCAGGAGGACAUCCUAUGGCUGGACCUAUGGGACCUGGACACCCGGCGAUGAUGGGACCCGGUGGUCCUGUCGAUAGGCUGGAUCAAGGAUCGUUGCCUGUCCCCAGGAGGCAUACUCCAGCCUAUGGCUACAACCAACCGGACUACAGGCUCCACGAGUUGAACAAGAGGUUAUCGCAGCGCACGGAGGAUAGUGACAACAUCUGGUGGGAAUCCUUUGCGAACGAGUUCUUCGAAGAAGACGCCACCCUCACCCUCCAUGUCUGCUUAGAAGAUGGACCGAAGAGAUAUUCGAUAGGAAGGACGUUAAUACCCAGGUACUUCCGUUCGAUAUUCGACGGUGGAGUGACGGAACUUUACUAUACUUUGAGGAAUCAGAAGGAAUCGUUUCACAACACCAGCAUAACGUUGGACUGUGAUCAGUGCACAAUGGUCACGCAGUAUGGAAAGCCGAUGUACACUAAGGUGUUAACGGAGGGUAGGUUAAUAUUGGAGUUCACCUUCGACGAUCUCAUGAGGAUAAAGUCGUGGCAUAUGUCGGUGAGGACGCAUCGGGAACUGGUACCGAGGAGCGUUGUCAGUAUGCAGCAGGACCCGACGAUGCUUGAGCAGAUUAGCAAAAACAUCACUAGGCAGGGCAUGUCCAACUUCACUCUCAACUACCUUAGAUUAUGCGUGAUUCUGGAGCCGAUGCAAGAACUGAUGUCGAGGCACAAGGCGUAUGCGUUGUCACCUCGUGAUUGUCUGAAGACGACCUUGUUCCAGAAAUGGCAGAGGAUAGUUGCCCCGCCGGGUAAGAGAGAGUCUCAGCGGCCGGCCAGUAAAAGAAGAAAGCGGAAGGGCAGUACAUCCGGACCAGGCAACAAUGCACCUCCUGCGCCCAGUAAGAAGCGUUCACCAGGGCCAAAUUUUUCUCUAGCAUCGCAGGAUGUGAUGGUCGUGGGUGAGCCUUCUUUGAUGGGCGGUGAAUUCGGAGAUGAGGACGAGCGGUUAAUUACAAGGUUGGAAAAUACGCAGUACGAUGCCGCAAAUAAUCUGGAUCCUCAUAGUCAUGAUGCAUCCGGUGGACCACCGCCACAUCCUCAUCAGUUCCACUCGGAACCAACACCGGGUAAUUCUUGGCCGCCAGAUCGUGGUCCUGGUCCACCACAGGGAGGUCCUGGCAGUCAGGGAGUCCAGGGUGGUCAAGCGGGUGCGGCUGCAGGUGUACAGGGAACGCAGGACGCCAGUCAACAGCAGCAAGACAAGAAGAGCCCCGCGGUGAGCCAGUGAGGCCAGGAGUCCCCGCGCCCCCCCACCAGGGGGCGACGGGGGCGCAGGCCCAAGAACGUGGCUCCCUAGCGGGGCGAGAAUCCUAGCCUCCCCACUGCCGCCGCCUAUUUGGC